AUGGAGGUUGCAUGGCUUCUGCAGCUUGAGUCAGAGGCGUGGACAUCUGACACCAAACGGCAGCUUUAUGGCACUCCACUGAUUCCGGGUUUCCCGUGGUACACCGUGCGUACAGACCCCUCACAAUGUGUGCGCCGUCACGUGGUGCCGUAUUAUUACACUUUUCGUGUCUUUGUGAAGGGGCGUUGGGUCGGGAAGAAUCUUUUGGACAUUUAUAGUGAGGAGCACGCGCAUCACUCGCGCCAGUACUAUGAGGCAUGCAUGCAACAGGGUCGUCUUCGACGGCAACCACGGAAACACCACAACGUGCGAAGAAAUUGCAUGAAACGAUUGUACGGAGUUGAUCAACCUGAUGAGAGGGAAGUCAAUGAAGACAUUUCAGAACCUGUGAUUUUGGAGUCGGGUGAUGUCGUUCUUCACACGGUGCAUCGACAUGAGAUCCCCCUUUGUAUGGGCACUACAGGAAUUGACCCGAUAGUUCUUGCGGCAGUACGCAUAACGAUGUAUGGACUUCUUGUUAUACACAAGCCGGCUGGAGUUCCCACCCACGCAGGCGGGCGAUAUUUUAUGAACUCGUGUACAGCAAUGCUGGAGUACGUUUUGGCACCGAAACGUCUGCGUGCAUGGCUUCUGCAGCGGGACCCCAUGUUACAGUCGAUUGUGUCUACAAGGUAUUUGACGGAGACGGAGUGUCAGGAGCUCUUGGCCUAUUACAUGGUGAAAGACGAGGGCAGUAUGGCGGAAUAUGUCUCCAUCGAGCGUCUGCCACGCCCCUGUUAUCGUCUAGACAAAGUAACUUCUGGUGUUUUGCUUCUCGGUGUUUCUCAGGCAGCCACACGGCGCGUUGGAGAGGCGCUAACGCGAAAAACGAAACAGAUGGAGGAGGUAUUCUUGUGGAAGUUGCGUUUGAUUGCUUCGGACGAUAAAAAAACUACACGGGUGGGAGGUGUGCAUUCCAUUGAGGAGAGAACUCUGAGGGAAUUUAACGUUGGUGUGAGAAAGCGCUACUUGGCCCGUGUUCACGGUUACUUCCCCAAUGAUGCGUCACAUGCACUCCACUCAUGCAGGGUGAGGAAAGAGAAUGCUGGGGAUGGCGAUCACCGUACGACAGAGAAAGUUUUUUUUAUUACCAUCCCCACGAACCCCACUAUUAGACGAUGUGAUGCGGUUAAAGAAGAGGCUUUGGGUGUAGUUGGCCCGCCCGUGUUACUUGCCUCACGGUUGAUGCAAUUCAAAUUUCGUGACGGGGACACCACAGAGGAGCCACCAGCGCGGGAUCAAGAGGGAAAACAACAGCGUGAACCUUUUUAUCAGGAUGCGGCGACGUUCUGUCAGCCACUGCGCUACUUUACUUCUGGUAGUGGGCAAGCAAGUGAGGGUGAGUCCUUGGUGCAUUGUGUCCCCUUUUCUGGCCGUAUGCAUCAAAUUCGUAUGCAUCUUAGUGAUUGGGGACACCCGAUCAUUGGGGACUUAAAAUGUAACGUGAUGGAACAGCAGAAAAGCAGUUUUCACGAACCGGCGCUUUCAAAAUGCAAAAAUUCUGGUACACAGAGUGCCAAAGAAAAUGAAGAAGAAAUGGAGAUCAGAAUAUACUUCCAUGUGGAGGAGUUACCAAAAGUUUGCCGUGAGAUGUUUUAUACACAUGAUGCCCUUUGUUGGGAGUGCUCAGGUCGCCUUCCUGCGGCGUGUUUCAAAUGUCCAAAUGGCUCUGCGAUUGCCCUGCAUGCAUGGCAGUAUGAAAUGGAUCAUUCUUUACUGCUUACCAGGGACCCAGGUAGCAUCGCUAAUGGAACGGAUCAAGGAGUGGAAGACACAAACGAUAAGAAAACGGAUUUGGAAAACCACGAACAGGAGCCUGUGGUGGAUGAUGAGAGUGAGGAGGCAUUAAAUGUUUGCUGCACCUUAGAGGAUUUAAAACGGUAUUCGGACGAAUUUGUACGGAGACAAGGGAAGUCUGUCGUUUUUUUAGCCCCUCCACCCUCAUGGUCGUAUGAGUAA